CAUAGUCAGACCAGGAAGCCAAGCUAUCUGCCUCCGGCUCGCCUGCAAUUCCGCCUCUGGGAGCGUUCCACGAACCCCCCUGAUCCUCUCAUCGACCCCCCGUCUGGCUUCUUUAAGCUUGGCCUAGUCACUGGACCCGCCGUUGCUGUGGCCUGCCUGUUAGGCGCAUCCUGCUUUCGCGCGAAACUCCCGACCUGCUGGGCCCCGACUCUCGACCCUUUCUGCAAAAGAAAAUUGUGUUGCUCACCUCGACCCGCUGUCACUGCCCAGAUAGCUUCGAUCACUAUCGGUUCUCUUCCCACUCAGGUAGAUCCUUGAGCAGAAUCCUUCACAAUGGCUUCAAAGUUUCUACGAGAAUACAAACUAGUCGUUGUCGGUGGUGGUGGUGUCGGAAAGUCAUGCUUGACGAUUCAAUUGAUCCAGAGCCACUUCGUGGAUGAAUAUGACCCAACAAUUGAAGAUUCGUACCGCAAGCAGUGCGUCGUCGAUGAUGAGGUGGCUCUACUGGACGUCUUAGAUACCGCUGGUCAGGAAGAAUACUCAGCCAUGCGCGAACAAUAUAUGCGAACGGGCGAAGGCUUCCUCCUAGUCUACUCCAUUACAUCGCGCCAAUCUUUCGAAGAAAUCAUGACCUUCCAGCAACAGAUUCUGCGUGUGAAGGAUAAGGACUAUUUCCCCAUUAUUGUUGUCGGCAACAAGUGCGAUCUCGAGAAGGAACGAGUGGUCUCAGAACAAGAGGGCGAGGCUCUUGCUCGUCAAUUUGGUUGCGCGUUCAUUGAAACAUCUGCAAAGUCCCGCAUUAAUGUUGAAAACGCCUUCUACGAACUUGUGCGUGAGAUCCGUCGUUACAACAAGGAGAUGUCCUCCUACCCAUCCGGCUCAGGUGCUUUCGGAUCCCGCGCCCCUGACAACAAGAUGGACGUGAGCGAGCCCGGCGAGCGCUCCGGCUGCUGUGGAAAGUGUAUUGUUAUGUAAUUGGAAUUAUUCCCCAUAGAUCAGAAACCCCAGCUGAAGAGAGAUGAGCAACAGCCAAAAACCAAAAAAACAUACUCUGUUUGGCCUAUCUGUUUUA